ACGCCAUGCGGGGGGCUCUGCCGCCCCUGUCUUCGCUGCUGCUGCUGCUGCUGCUGCUGGGGUGCGGGCCGAGGGCAGCCACCGGAGGCGGGGCCGGCGGGGCCGCGGGCUACGCGCCGGUGAAGUACGUGCAGCCCAUGCACAAAGGACCUGUGGGGCCGCCCUUCCGCGAGGGCAAGGGCCAGUACCUGGAAAUGCCUCUACCGCUGCUGCCAAUGGACCUGAAAGGCGAGCCUGGGCCACCUGGGAAGCCCGGGCCUCGGGGGCCCCCUGGCCCUCCUGGCUUCCCAGGAAAACCUGGCACCGGAAAGCCAGGACUCCAUGGGCAGCCUGGCCCCGCCGGGCCCCCUGGCUUCUCCCGGAUGGGCAAGGCUGGUCCCCCAGGGCUCCCGGGCAAGGCUGGGCCACCAGGACAGCCAGGGCUUCAGGGCGAGCCAGGGAUACGAGGGGACCAGGGUCUUCGGGGGCCCCCAGGACCUCCUGGCCUCCCUGGGCCCUCAGGCAUUGCUGUCCCUGGGAAGCCAGGCCCCCAAGGGGUGCCAGGGCCCCCAGGAUUCGGAGGGGAGCCAGGGCCCCAGGGGGAGCCAGGGCCCCCAGGUGAUCGAGGUCUCAAGGGAGAUAAUGGAGUGGGUCAGCCAGGGCUACCUGGGGCCCCAGGGCAGGGGGGUGCCCCUGGACCCCCUGGCCUCCCUGGUCCAGCUGGCUUGGGCAAACCAGGUUUGGAUGGGCUUCCUGGGGCCCCUGGAGAUAAGGGUGAGUCGGGGCCUCCAGGAGUACCGGGACCCAGGGGGGAGCCAGGGGCUCUUGGCCCAAAAGGGCCUCCCGGGGUGGAUGGUGUGGGGGUCCCAGGGGCAGCAGGGCUGCCAGGGCCACAGGGCCCAGCAGGGGCCAAAGGGGAGCCAGGAAUCCGGGGGCCCCCUGGUCUGAUAGGCCCCACUGGCUAUGGGGUGCCAGGACUGCCAGGCCCCAAGGGGGACAGGGGCCCAGCUGGGGUCCCAGGCCACUUGGGGGACAGAGGUGAGCCCGGUGAGGAUGGGGAGCCAGGGGAGCAAGGCCCACAGGGCCUUGGGGGCCCCCCAGGACUUCCAGGAUCUGCAGGACUCCCUGGCAGACGUGGGCCCCCUGGGCCCAAAGGGGAUACAGGGCCUGGAGGACCCCCAGGAGUGCCUGGGAUUCGGGGUGACCAGGGACCUAAUGGCCUGGCUGGGAAACCUGGGCCCCCAGGAGAGAGGGGACUUCCUGGGGCCCAUGGGCCCCCUGGACCAUCUGGGCCCAAAGGUGAGCCAGGUUUCACUGGCCGCCCUGGGGGACCAGGGGUGGCAGGAGCCCUGGGACAGAAGGGUGACUUGGGGCUCCCUGGGCAGCCAGGCCUGAGGGGCCCCUCAGGAAUCCCAGGGCUCCAGGGCCCAGCUGGUCCUAUCGGGCCCCAGGGACUGCCAGGCCUGAAGGGUGAACCCGGCUUGCCAGGGCCCCCAGGCGAGGGGAAAGUGGGGGAACCGGGGGUGACUGGGCCUACAGGGCCCCCUGGGGUCCCUGGUUCCCCAGGACUCACUGGCCCUCCCGGGCCUCCUGGGCCUCCCGGUCCCCCUGGCGCCCCGGGGGCCUUUGAUGAGACUGGCAUCGCCGGCCUGCACCUGCCCAACGGAGGCGUGGAGGGUGCUGUGCUGGGCAAGGGGGGCAAGCCACAGUUCGGACUGGGAGAGCUGUCAGCCCACGCCACGCCCGCCUUCACCGCCGUACUCACCUCACCCUUCCCCGCCUCGGGCAUGCCUGUCAAGUUUGACCGGACUCUCUACAACGGCCACAGUGGCUACAACCCAGCCACCGGCAUCUUCACCUGCCCUGUGGGCGGGGUCUACUACUUUGCUUACCACGUGCACGUCAAGGGCACCAACGUGUGGGUGGCCCUGUACAAGAACAACGUGCCAGCCACAUACACCUACGACGAGUACAAGAAGGGCUACCUGGACCAGGCAUCUGGCGGGGCUGUGCUCCAGCUGCGGCCCAACGACCAGGUCUGGGUGCAGAUGCCGUCGGACCAGGCCAACGGCCUCUACUCCACUGAGUAUAUCCACUCCUCCUUUUCAGGGUUCUUGCUCUGCCCCACAUAACACCACGGGGGCCUUGACUCCUUGGCCUCCUCCUCUUUAGUGGUAGAGAGACCUUCUCAGUUACAAGAACCUCCAUUUAAAGAAAAAAACAAAAGCUGAACAGAUGCGGAAGCAGAGGCGGCCGUGGCCUUGGCCCGAGGAGACUGGUUUGGUUUCUCCCUCCACGCAGGCUGAGGUGGUUUCUGGAAGAGGCCGGCCUGAGUUCCUCUCCCCCAAGUGUCUGUGCAGCGUGGCGGUUGUGGCCCCGCUGUA